CCUUUCCAUAUGCAAACGAAAAUCAUUUUUUUUUAAUUUUCCCUGUACAAGAACUCCGUGCGUUUCUCUCUCUCUCUCUCUCCCCCCCAAGAUCUCUCUGCAAGAUAACCGAAAAAGGAAUAUAGAAGAGGAAUGCUGAGAUCAAUCCAAGAACCAAUCUUGACGUCGUCAUCAUCAACGACAAGCGCAAGAAGCAACAGCAGCAUCGGCAGCGUCAAUGAGACGGACGAGACCAGCAGCAGCCCAGCGUCUUCCAAGCGCUUUGAUCAGGACGGUGUAAGGCCGUCUUCAGGCGCGUACAAGCCACUCGCUAUCUUGUCCGGUCACAUGGGCUCCGUCUCCUGCGUGGCCCUCUGCGGCGAGUUUCUCUUGAGUGCCUCUCAAGGAAAAGACAUCAUCGUCUGGCAACAGCCCGAUCUCAGGGUAUUUGCGAAAUUUGGACAGGGCGAGGGAUCCGUGAAGGCCCUCGUCACCGUCGGGAACAAGGUCUUCACGGGCCAUCAGGACAGCAGAAUCAGGGUCUGGAAAGUCUCCCGGAGCUCCGAGAACGCGUUUAGGCUGGUCCACACCCUUCCCACCACCAAGGAUUACUUGGGGAGGUUCAUGAAACAGAGCAAUUACGUUCAGACGAGACGACACCACAAGCGUCUCUGGAUCGAGCACUCAGACAGCAUUUCGUGCCUGGCAGUCCACGACGGGUUCAUAUACUCGGGGUCAUGGGACAAGACCCUGAAAGUGUGGAGAACAUCGGAUCUCAAGUGUGUGGAGUCGAUUAAGGCCCACGACGACGCCAUCAACGGACUGGUGGCAGGGGGCGGGAGAGUGUACUCGGCGUCAGCAGACGGGAAGAUCAAGAUCUGGGGGAAAGGGAAGAAGGGGCAUGAACUGAAAGCGACACUGGAGGGUCAUGCGGAUGUUUCAGUGAACUCGGUGGUGGUGUCGGAAGGAGGGAGGUGGGUCUACGGAGGGGGGUCGGAUGGGUUUGUGAUGGGAUGGGAGAGGAGAGAGGAAGAGGGAGAGGAUCGCUGGAGAUUAGGGACAGAGAUGAGAGCGCAUAAGAUGGCAGUGCUGUGCAUGUGCGUGCAAGGGGAGUUCCUGUGCACUGGAUCUGCUGAUAAGACCAUCGCGGUCUGGAGGAGACAAGGGAGUGGCUGUUUGAGUAAGGUGAGGGCCAUAGAAGGGCAUGAAGGUCCCGUCAAGUGCUUGCAGGCUUCUCCUAACACUGUGGGCGAUGGCUUCAUGCUUUACAGCGGAGGCCUCGACAAGAGUCUUAGGGUUUGGUGGGUCCCAAAACACACAUCUGACGAUUUUCAUCGCUGAAGAAGAUGAACCUCCUUACAGUCUACACGAUAUACGUCGCACAUUCUUUUUGUCUGAUACAUCUUACGGGGUAUUGUUUACACGUCUCUUUAUAAAGUUUUUUUUUUUUGGCUUUGUGGUUUCUAAUUCUAUGGUCAGUUUUACAAUGUUUUUUUUUCGGGUUUAUGGUUUUAAUUGUAAAGCGAAGAAAUAAAUAAAUGAUGCUUCUGGUUUU